CCGCCAUAUUUGAACACAAAAUUUGAACAAAAUAUUUUUGAAAUUAUUUCCAAUUUUCCAAGUUUUAACAAAAUAUUACGAUCAACAGAUUGGAAUUUGACCUGGAAUACCUUUGGAUAAACAAGGAGUAAUCACUCAUCAUGGAAUCUCAGAGUAGGCUACCCCUUAAUACAGUAAAUGGGUCCAGACUCCCCCAGCCAAGUAAACUUAGACCCCCAAGCAAGUUGAAGCCCCCUACAAUGUUGGCCACCAAACGACCAAUCAGCCCAGCAGAUGAUGCCCCUGCAGUGCCAAAGGCUCCAGCUGCGAAGAAGGCAAAAGUUGAAAUCAUGAAAGCCCAAGCUAAAGCCCCAAAUAAAAGACGUUCAAUUGUUUCGUCAAAACUUGGAAAGAAAGUGGUGCCACCUGUUAGCCGAGGAAUAGCUGUAAGUCGUGCUUCAGUGACUAGGUCAGCUGUCAGUAAAGCACCCCCUGCUACAACUCGUGCUCCAACUGCUCGUGCAGCCACAAGUCGAGUAGUACCCACAACAAAAACAACAGUUGCUAAAAGAGGUGCUCCAUUGUCCAGUACAGCCAGGUCUACCACCAAUAAUGUGUCAAAACCAGGGGGCAAGAGACCAGCUUGGGAUGUCAAAGGCCGUCUGGAAGACAUGGAAACCAUGUUUAGGGAGGCCAUGUCUGGCAAUUCUGAGUUGCAGGGACAAAUGGACUCCAACAAUUCUAGGCUAGCACAACUUGAAGCCAUCAAUGCCCAGCUGGAGGGUACUGUACAGCAGAAAGAAGUAUUGAACACUCGGGGACAGGAGGAGAUUUCCGCAUUGGAGAAAAAACUCAGAGAGAGUCGUGAUGAAUUGGAUGAUUCUGUACGGAGGUUCAAUCAUGAGAUAGAGGAUCUGAAAUUUAUUAAAUCCACACUAGAGAGGCAGAGAGAUACUCUAGAUGGGGAAUUGAGUGCAUCCAAACAGGAAUGUUCUGGACUGAAAUCCACUGUAGCAUCCUUGUCGUCUGCUCAAGCUGGAUUGAAUGCAGAGCUAGGGGCCACUAAACUAAAUCUUGACCAAGCUCUCCAAGCAGGGAGAAUAAAGGAUGAAACCAUAUCUGAGCUGAGAGGGAUUAUUGCCAACCAUGAAGCAACAAUAGGUGACCAAGAGAGCCAAAUACGAGAACAUGAAACCAGGAGACGCAUUCUUCAUAACACAAUACAGGAACUGAAGGGAAACAUCCGUGUGUUCUGUCGAGUGCGCCCUCUAUUAGGAGAUGAACUUCUAGGAAAUGAUGGAGAGAUUCAACACAUGACAUUCCCUGAUCCCGAUCAUAAAGUUUUGGAACUAGAUAAAACUGGCGAUUCAACUUUAAAUGAGAGUACAGUAUCAAGAAAGGCUAGUGCCAGUCAGACUACACACUACGACUUCCAAUUUGACAGAGUGUUCGAGCCAGAUAGCAAACAAAGUUGUGUUUUUGAGGAGAUUUCACAGUUGGUACAGAGUGCCUUAGAUGGAUACAAUGUAUGUAUAUUCGCAUAUGGACAGACAGGUUCUGGUAAGACAUUUACUAUGGAGGGCAGAGGAGAGAAUGAGCCAGAGAAUGCAGGAAUGAUCCCCAGGGCAGUUGAGCAGAUAUUUAAGAAUGCAAGUGAUUUGGAGGAUAAAGGCUGGAAGUAUGAGAUGCAGGCGUCCUUCCUCGAGAUCUACAACGAGACAAUCCGGGAUCUACUAGGGUCAGGAAAAGAAGAUCUGAAGCAUGAAAUCAAGAUGGUGCCUAAUGUGAAUGAUGUCAAUGUCACCAAUCUUACUUACAUCAAUGUUAAUUCACCAAAACAGGUGAGCAAUUUGUUGAGCAAGGCAGCACAGAACCGUGCUGUAGCAGAGACCAAGUGUAAUGAGAGAUCAAGCAGAAGCCACAGUGUGUUCAGACUUAAACUUACAGGCACCAACACUAUCACAUCUGAGGGAUCAAUUGGUACAUUGAAUCUGAUUGACCUUGCUGGUAGUGAGAGACUAAAGGAAUCAAAAUCUGAGGGAGCAAGGCUAAAGGAGACUCAGGCUAUUAACAAGAGUCUCAGUAACCUUGGCAAUGUCAUCAUGGCUCUUGCCAAUAAGGAGCCCCAUAUACCAUACAGAAACAGUAAGCUGACUUAUCUACUACAGAACUCCCUUGGUGGAAACAGCAAGACACUCAUGUUUGUUAAUGUGUCACCUAAAGAAGAGUGUUUCAAUGAGACAUUGUGCUCAUUGAGAUUUGCAACAAAGGUCAACCAGUGCCAGAUCGGAACAGCCACUAAGAAGGUGAAAUAACAGUCACAACUACUGUAUAUGCAAACUGAGGAAGUCUUCCAGUUGGUGUUUUAACAAUUACUUUACUGUACAUACAGCUAGAAAUGCAACAUUUUAGAAUGAGUGUGACAUUGGAGUGUACCAGAGACAAUACACAUAAAGGAUUUAGUUUGAGAAGUGUAAAUAGGAGUUUUCUCGCAAAGAAAUAUUGGAUUUUAUAUCAGCUUCAAAAUGAGUGAGUGAAUGAGCGAGUGAAAGAAUGAGUGAUUACUUUACAUACAGUCUACGUCACAUAUAUACAUGUAGUAAAUAUACAUAUGUAUUCAUGUACAUUUUACAUUAUGUAUUUAUGUACAUUGUACCCAUGCAUUACACACAUAAAUUGUAAAUAGUUUUUAAAAUGCAAUGAGAGUUACAUUGUAAAUAAAAAAUGUGCCAGAAUAAAUCAGGAAUGAUAUUGAUGCUAAACUUCAAAAUAUGGCGUCCCAAUUAAGUCACGAGACAUCUAUGGAAUGUUACUAAAGAUAAGCUCCAGGAAUAAUACAUACUGACUAAGUUGACGUGCCCAUCUUGCUAGAAUCCUUCU